GUUCCGGCGUAUUGUUCCGCCGCCACUUCCAGCUCACAUUGGCAAACUGUGGAGACGUCCUCCGCUAUCAAUACACUUCAACAAAUAAAACCUCAUCGACUUCGCGCCACUCUCUGCCAGGGCACCACAGAAGAAGAUAAUUCGCUCACCUCGACACUCGUACGGAGACGUCAUUGCUUUCUCAGUUAACCAGUAACAGCAAAUUACAAACUAUACCACCCUAGGGAGAAGAGUAAACUAGGUGAAACUAUUCAGGGAAAUACAAGCCAGAAGUUGAAACGGCAUUGUCGGCGCGUCGCAGUAUUGUACCGCAAUCUUCAUGUAUACAGCGAGUUAGGAGCAAGUGCUUUUUUGGGAGGCAAAGGGGAAGCUGUGUUUCUGGAACUUUGUCGGGAGGAAAGUCUGGAGGGUUAACCUACUUGGGUUAAGAUUGGUUGAACUUGAAAAUAUGAAUAUUUCCAUGGCUAUAUUUCGAGUCUUGGGAGUCACACUGAUGACAAUACUGAUCGUGGAGGGGUCAACGAGGGUUACAAGAAAUGGUUGUUCACCGUGUACAACGUCACCAAUAUUCUUUAGCCAAAAUCUGAAUUAUUGCCGUGCUUGUCAUACCUCUCCUAUUAGAAAAAAGUCAUCUGAUGCCGCCAUAUACUCAGACUCAGACUUGACAGACGUGAGGCAACUGGAACCGGAUGCAGAAUUCUUGACCAUGAUGAUAGAAAGUACUAAUGACUUGUUAGUUGAAGUACUUAGGUUAUUACAGUUCGAAAAGGAGCAACUUGAAAGGAUAGGAAGCAAACCUGAUAUCAUGACAGAUGACGAGCUAAGAAAAGAAGAAAGUGAAAGACAAAAACUGCUCAUCUUGAGUAAUAUGCUGAGACAGUAACAUUUAUGUACAGGGAAUAAGCCCAGACCCAAGACGCUACCAUUGGCAGAAUGCGAUGACGUCAUCAUCAAGUUCACGGUCAAUCAAUGCCCACGAACAGCACUCUAUUGUAGAUAGAAUUAGUAGUUAGCAUUUGAAAAAAAAAGUUGUAUACAUUUGUAAAUCGACUGUUCUCUUCAACGAGACAUUGUAGGUUUAUUUUCCCCUCGAGCAUGUGGAUGAUCGUUUAAGAUAU